CCUCCACCUUGUCUUGUGUUGUGUGGGUAAAUUAUUUGGUUUGUCAAUUAAGACAUUGUGAUCAAAGACCAGGGAAGCCAAGCGGUUUCAUCGAUCUGAGACCUUUAUCUAGGGCUAUCUUCAAAUGUUGUGAGUAGACAGAAUGCCAGCACCAGACGGACCUGGGCGAUUGCAGCCGGUUGGUAGCCACGCGCGGCUCAUCGGCGAUGCGCUGAGCAGAUUUUGUGGCGAGGAGCGGGGUAACCACCGCCCCUGGGCCUUAGUUGUAGACUAUAUAGAAAGGCGGUCUGACGACGAUUUCGAGGGAGACGAUGAUGGUUGUUUGUUCUACGUGAUUACCUGCUGCAGCUGUCGGGGGCCGCCACCGAGGGUUUCUGGCUCGGAGGUGACGCCGCUUUUCACCGUGCACCAGGUGAACGGCGGGAAGCUCCGCACCGCAAUGGAAGCCUUUCAGCACAUUGUGAAUCCCGAUCCGCCCGCACUGCUGGCAGUAGCCCAUAUGGAGCAUAUGGGCUACGUUCGGAAUUGGCUGCAGACCCGCAUCCGCGACAACGCUGACCACGUCCGUGAAACAUACUUUCCCAGCACAGAAGUCGGCCGCUUGCGACAGCAGUUGGUGAGUAAGAGUGAGGCCGUUGCAUUUACCACCGCGGAGGCCUGUGCAGAGUACUUGGUUGGGUACUCUCGAAAGUCGAGUGAGGUGGCUAAAAUUCGGACCUUUUGCGUUGAUAUCGGAACCGAGACAGUAAAGUCGGAUGUUUACCGGACCGAACCCGAGAGAAUGCCACUGGAUGACAUGUCUUGCAUUCUGCGGCCGCUGCGAAUGGUGGAGGCGUCCCGUAGCGUCGCAGGAAGGAAUAGAGGAAUAGAUCAUGAAGCACGAAUCCGGUGAUCGUAACCCUCUGUCAGUUGGUUAAAUUUGGAUCGAUCACGACAAUGCGCUAACCUGAUAUAAGGGAGAGGACAAGCGAGAGGCUGCGAUAUGUGGGCAAAACUUUUUUUUUCUUCACAUUCACAGCACCAAAAGCUCAAUCACAGUGACACG